UUCAACACAUACCGUUAAAUUGGCAUGCAGCCGACGCCUGGGUCCGGAAGCGGAGACGGCACUAUUGUGAAGAUGUUACCCGCUCAUCGGCGGAGUUACCUCGGACAGCAGGGCAAGGUCGCGUUAUUUCACCUUUUGUGCAGCAUUACAGGUGUGUGGGGCAGUCAGGUGGUGGUGCCUGAGAGGGUGAAUGCUGUGCUGGGGAAGAAUGUGACAUUACCGUGCCAGGUGGAAGUGGGUUCAAACCUUACUCUUACGCAGAGUUCCUGGGAGCGCCGUCUGCCAUCAGGCUCUGUCACAGUAGCUGUCUACAACCCACAGUAUGGCAUCUCCAUCCCUCCAGACUAUAUCCAUCGCUUGUAUUUUCGCUCGCCCUCCUCGCAUGAUGCCACCAUAGUCUUGGGAAACGUGGGCUAUGCUGAUGUCGGGAUCUAUACCUGUAAGGUUGCCACAUUUCCUCUUGGAAACACUCAAGACUCCACUACCGUCAAUGUACUUGUGGAGCCGAAAGUCUACGUGUCUGCAGGUUCAUCUGCUUUGAUCGACGGUGGCAAUGACACUGUGGUGGCCACUUGUAUUGCCGAGCGUGCCCGGCCCCCUGCUGAGGUGUCCUGGGAGUCCAACCUUUUUGGACAGUCAGAAGUGCAGCUAUUUGACGAAGCCAACGGCACAACCAGCACACAAGUGAGCUACCUUUGGCAGCCCACACGUCAUGUCCAGGGCCACGCACUCACCUGUGUUGUCCGCCACCCGGCCCUGCAGAGUGACUUCAGGAUCCCCUACCAACUCAAUGUGCAGUUUGCUCCUGAUAUCUCUGUUGUGGGCUAUGAUGGAGACUGGUAUGUUGGUCGGCGAAAUGUUCAAAUGACGUGCAAAGCCAAUGCAAACCCACCGCCUAAUCACUUCAGAUGGAUCAGAUUGGACAGUGAAAUGCAAGAAGGGGUGGAAAUAAUGAACAGCACUUUGCUCUUCCUGCGUCCCCUCCAGCGGAAUGACUCUGGAGUUUACAGGUGUGAGGUUGCCAAUGACAUCAACCUCCGCAGUCGGGAUGUGCGCAUUCUCAUACAAGAUCCUCCCACCAUGCCUUCCACCAUUACUGCUCCUGUCCUAACUGGCUCUGCCUCCACCUUAGUCGAUGAUAAGGGGCAUGUUCUUCUCAGCUCCCCCACACGUGAAGCCCUACCUGAGAGUAAUCUAGGCUCUAUAGUGGGUGGGGCAGUGGGCGGGGCCUUGUUUCUGCUACUGCUGCUGUGUCUGGUUGGCGUGUGUUACCUACGGAAACAGCAAACCUUCCACGGGAACUACUACACCAAGCAGUACCUGGGGCCCAGUGACCUCCAGAAAGCCCCUACGCAGCAUGAGCUCCACCCUACUAAAGCUGGAAGCAGCUCCCACCAUCAGGACCACGACCGAGAGGAGUGGGGCGACCGCCAGCUCAAACAGGAGCAUGACCGCCGUCACCAUAGCAACUACAACGGAGAGGAGUAUCCCUCUAAUGGCUACACUAGGGCAAUGAGGGAGAGCAGCCAUCACAGCAAUCAGCAGGAUCACCAACGUGAACACACACAGUAUUCUAGUCCACGGCAAGCCAGAUGUGCCAAAAACUCUCAUUCACCUAAACCACAGAGAAACGGCCCCCCCUACCUGUCAAAUGACUGCUACGAUAGUGGGCCUGAGGGGGAUUAUGUCUCUCACACAGACGGGUCUGUCAUCUCGCGUAGGGAGUGGUACGUUUGAAAAGCUACGUGGUCCUGCAGGAGCAGAUAAACAACGGAAAGCCGAAGGUUUCAUGAGUUGAAUUAGGAAGAAGCACAUUAUUUCUGUUCUGUUGACACAUGCACACUUCUACUAAUCUCAAUUCUGUAGUUCUCUUGUUUUGUUUAAGUUACCUGGUCGACACUUGAAACAUAAUGUUUCUGUUCCUGAUGUGGGCAGACUGUAGACUCGACAGACUGAACUGCACAACCACUUUGACAGGCAACAUCUACAUGCCCACAGAAGACGGCCUGUCACUAUUUCACUAGAAAUCAUGAUGUAUGUGCGGUCUCUGCCUUACUACAUGGACUGCCAAUGUAUUUGUGUCUUUCAGUUGAGUUGAAGCCCUGGGGGCUAACGGACCACAUACGGUUGUUGAAGGAUGUUUUUUUUUUUUUCAGUGUUUUAUUUUUCACAAAAUCAGCCUCCUCGGGCUAUGUGUCACUUGUCCAUUUUCUAUGUGUUUUGAUAUUGCUUACACUGAUUAGUUUAGAAGACCUCUGGAUACAAAUGGCUGAUAUUCAAAAAUGGUAAAGAACCCAUGACUGAAAGUCAUACCAUGAAAUUCAAAGGAUCACAGGUCCUUUUUCUAAAACUCAGAACACAGGCUAAUAGGCUAAUUAAAAAAAAAAAAAUUCAUCCCACUGAGAAAUCAGAAUAACUUCAUAACUGAUGAUUUCUCCACACUGAUUUAUAGACAUAAAAGAUAUUGCACUGCCUUUUUGCUAAACUUUGUAAUAACCGCAUCAUUUGUUUUCUACCAGAAAUGUCGACCCAUUAUGUAACUUACCAGGAUGGGAGACUUGUGAGCUUGAGGACUUGACCACCGAUGUCCUAAUGUCCUUUUAAAACUGAUGGCUUAGAGUGGGAACCUCAAGAGCCUUUCUACUGUACAUCCUCAGGAGGGCAUGCGGGGAAGUCUGCAUGAACGAGGUACAGUCCACUGUAACAGACUGGAUGGAUCAGUCAAGCCUUGAGAUGCAAAUAUGCUACAAAGUUUAGAUAAGCUUGAAUAAUAUGACUGUUUGAACAUUUGUGUGAUUGAUUUGGGGAAGUGUUUCUGGCUGGUGGUCUUCUUGAUUUAGCCUCCAACACAUUCUCCUGUUAUCUACCAGAUGGUAAUGGAUGUGUUUGAGAGUUUGCACUCUGGCACCAACCCAGGCCUCUUGGAAAUUCAAGAGUGCUAUCAGCAGGGGUAUUGUUGAAAGCAGGCUACAGUAUGGCAGGCACCAUACGCUGGCCUCCCAAAGUAUUUUGUUGCACAAAGAAGUCAUUCAAUAGCGCCGCCAGUACACCCGACCACAACCACCGACGGACUAAUUCCACUACUCUGAGUAAUCUGUAGAAAAAGACAUGACUGACAAUCUGCUGCAUUUAUGGGCUUAUUGUUGCUUAUUCAUGUGUGCAGCUGCACACUAAUCACGUUCACUAGGUGGUGGUUUUGUAAAUUACGCAUUUAUUAUUACUACCAGUAUUACUACGGUCAAAUACACAUAAAGACAAAUCGGGUCAUCUGUGAUGGAUGUGCUGUCACAGCACGGUGCUUACUUGCCAGAUGGGACAAACAAUUUUUUUGUUGGACAUUCUUUCAUAGUUAUUCGUUAAGUAACCAUACAAUAAUACACCCUAUGAAUAUUUUUUUUUUUUUCUAAAAUAAAUUUACGAUUGCGUUUAUUCAUUUGUAGCCAGCCACAUUUUUGGCUUAUCGAGACUCUCCCACGCUGCAGGCAUACCAAGUACUGUGAGUGAAGUGAGGAGAAGGUGUUUUAAGUGUCCGUGUCAUUGGGCUACGGAGCCUCAGUAGUUCAGGUGUCAAACUUAGAUAAAGCCAUUAUAGAUUUAAAGAUGCAUUUCAGUUUUUGUACUUGAUCAAUUUCACAGUUAAAUAUUUUGGCACAUGCACCCAUUUACCAGACAGCAUGGAGGAGAUCCAACAAUUUCUUUCAUGCGCACUAGUGUUUGUGAAUAUGUGCCAACUUUAGUAGUAUGGUCACUUAUACAAUAUUUGCUGCCAGAUGCCAAAUAUUUGUUUAACUUGUAUGUAAAAAAUGUGAUGACAGUCUCUCAUAAGUAUUGCUGACUAGCUAACAACUGAUUAUAAGCUUAUAUAAAUGACUUAACGUCUCACUGUUGUAUACAGAGUCUUGUAGCCUGAAAUAGAAGUGAAAAGAUGCUUACGGCCACUUUAAUAUAAUACAGUAACAGUUGUCAAAAUGGGAAUUGGUUAUAUUGUUAUGAACCCUCACUAAUUAUUUGUCAGGUUGUGAAUUGUGUGUGUGUGUGUGUGUGUGGUGAAUAGGCUGCAAUUCUCAUAGUGAGAUUUGAUAAUGCGUCAAUGUAACUUUCGAGCAGAGAUGACCCGCAUACUGCAGUUCAUGUUUCAACUCAUUUCAAACGCUGUGCAGUACACCAGAACCAAUUUAUUCCCAUGGACAGAAGCUUCCUGUUCUAAUAAGUUUUAGUUGACUCCAAUUACUUUGCCAUAAUUCCUCACUUUGCUAUAUGUUGCCAAAAACACUAUAGAACACUUUCUUUGGUAGAAUAGUUCCCACGAUGAAACGUUUACAGUGUGGAUCACCCAAAGUAACUCAAACAAUGUUUCUGUCAAGUGAUGCUGCGGUAAAAUGUCUUUAAAGCAAUGUUUCAAUGUCAUGAGCUCCUCAAACAAGAUUUCCUUCAUUGUGUUGGUGUGGAGGACGAAGUCUGAAAGAAUCUCAAUUGUCUGCAUUAUUAGAUAUGUAAGUGAGAUUUAUGUUUUGGUGGCCAAAAUGAAAUGUACAGUUGGCAAUUUGUGAACCACAAAACAUAAUUUAGAUGGAUGAAUUCAAAAGUAAGGUUUUUCGGGGUGGCUGUGCUGCUGAUGCCGAUUUUAAUUAUGCCUUUCUGGUCGCAUACAUGCAGAGAAUAACAGGAAGUACAGCAGCGUAACCCCUUCUUGUGUUUGCUUCUAUGCACUAAGAAGGAAAUUCCACUAAUCAAUGUACUAUUUUUGCUUGACGUGUCAGUUUUCAGCGCUCCCCUGGAUAAAUGAAGUUCUUUUGUACUGUGACAUGUAUUUGUAUAAAGAUCACUCAUCAAUAUCUUUACCGUGAUAAAUGUCCUUUUACUAUGGGUUGAGAAAUACAACUAGUGCCUUAGAUACCUAGAAGAAAGUGUUUUCUUAUCAUCGUUUACUUAUGGAUUUUGUUCUGUGAGAUUUUAUUUGUUGCCUUUUUUUGUUUUCUGCUUAUGUGUGUUAGAAGGGCUCCGUAGUGCCAUAUUCACUGUUCUGCCCCAGCCACCAGUACAGUUAAUGGCGUAGUAUUUGCAAACCUGGAGGCAUUAUUACAUAGAAAGCUUGAAUGCAUUUUUGAUGUAAAAAUAGUGCGCGCAUCUCGACUUCAGUUUUCUGUCAGGGAUUUUGGUUUCUGUAGAGUCACUAUGUUGUUCCACAGCAGGGGUGAAGAAUUACCUUCAGUCUCACAUUGUCAAUGAAAAGCACCCUGUGGUCAUGUUUUUCUUUGUAUAUGCAGAAGAAAAUAUCUCUGGAAGGGUAAAAAAAAUAUAUAUUUGUCACCGACAAUGGAGCAUUAUUUUGUCAAU